AUGGGCUCCGUUGUCGCAUUCAGUCUGGAGGAAGUUGUAAUCGAAGCCUCCACAACUCCACCUUCGCCUCCACCUCGCCGACAGGCUGCCACCGUCUCUAACAGCCAAGUCGGCCUAAUCAACCGACUUGCCCGGACGCUCGCCUCGCAUGUCGUGUGCUUCUUUCUAGCGUCGGGGCGGUACGUCGUCUCCAUGGAAGUCAGAAUGGAUGGUCCUUCUGCCCGAUACUUCAUCCACCUGCCACAAUUCUCGUUCAUGAUCAAACUGCGGUGGCGGAUGACCUCGAUGAGGCCGGAGAUCUUGCGCUUCAGGUCGUCGACCGAGUCUUUCAGCGAGGACGACCUCAAAUACCUGGGUGGCGUCGCGUACACGAGGCCGUGCUCGGAUAGGAUGUUUGGCGUCCUGAGGUCGAAGGUGUACGUCGUGGGAAGAGACGGGUUGCGGCGCUGCGAUGGGGUGGAAGAGGCGCCGCGGGAGCCAUGUGUUGAGAGGGAGAGGGAGGGGAUUCUGGUGUAA